AUGGCCAAAGUAGAGAGUUUCACUGGGCCCGUUACUCUUCUCGAGAUAACCGAAUGGCUUAGCCGUUGUGAAGAAUCUUUUGAGGCCUCCGCGGCGACCUUAACUGACAAACAAAAAAUCCUCGCAGCAGGGAGCGCCGUUGCCAAAUCCCAGGACACGAAAACCAUCUACGACUGGUGGACGAAAAAUCGCAAAAAGCUAGAAGGGAAAACCUGGAAUGAGUUUCGCAAUGCUGUUAAAGACAAAGCCCUAAGCAAGAGCUGGCGAAUGAAAGCGCUUCUGGACUUCUACAGCACCAUCCAGGGUAGUAAAGGCCUUGGAGGACUAUUUAUCGCUGCUUGA